UACGUUACUUUGUUCCACAUACCAAAACGUUGACUGCAAACAUAUAAAGGAAAAGAAGAAUUCUGACAAAGGGCUGAAAUUAUUACUGGUGGAAACUAUGAAGAGAAAGAAUGACGUCGCAGUAUACUUCAGUUCAUCAUCAAGUUCGGUAUUUCGUGGUUCCUCGGGACUGAUAGAUGCUCUUCAGCCAACUUUUAUGGGAAGAGGAAUAUGUCGUGAUGAACCACUGUCUCAGUCUGGUAAAAGAAUUCAGCUCUUCAAAAUGCUCUGUUUGAAUGUGCUGCCAAUAUUAGGCCUCUGGGCUUAUACGGUGUAUACCCUUGCUGAUAGUGUAGGCUUCAGGGAAGAGUAUUACAAGAGGCGAUCUGCACUAUACUUCAGCAUUGAUUUAGGAAAGCUGGUACACCGCCUCCAAGUUGAACGAGAUAUGAGUGUCCUUUAUUUAAGCGCCAUUGGACCGGAAACCAAGUCAUUUCUUCUAUCCGAGUACACGAAAACAGAUGAAGUUAUACUGGAAUUGACCUGGCCAAACGAUAUCGACAAUUUAAAUGUUAUGUUUUUGUCAAAGGAAAAUUUUCUGGCGUUUCUUCAAGAGCAUCGAAGAGUCCUUAAUCCAAACGUUCUAUCAAUCCAAAAUGAAAUAGAUUUUUAUUCAAGAAGCAUUGAUACAAUAAUAUUAUGGCUGUAUAAUACCAUCACUGAAUCAAAAUUUUCUCUCAUCUGGAAAUUACUGGUAGCAUAUCAGAAAUUAUCAAGUGCUAAGGAAAACCUAGGGGUCGAACGUGCUCUUGGUACAAUGUUUUAUGCUCGAGGAGGAUUCGAGUCGCGUUCUUACUUUGAAAAUUAUAAUUUAAGAUUGCACAGCUUUCGUGCAUACAUGAGGAGUAUUGGAAUGUAUUCUACUGUCGUGGAUGAAAUUUAUAUUGAGAACAUAGAAAACCUUCCCAUUAAUUUUUCAUCCACAAUAGAACAUUUUCGAGCCGAAAUUCAAUUGACAAACUCCACCAUUGCUGCCAUAGACGUACGAAAAGCGCGUUUCUUUUUCGAUAACAUGACAAUAUAUCUAGAUACCCUAUUCAGGGUUCAGACAAAAAUGAGUGCAUUUGUAAUAGAAAAAUUUAAUAAAGAAAUUGAUGACCUAACACAGCAACUCGCCAUAAACGCAGUACUUCUUGUUAUCGUUAUUCUUGUUUGUCCUGUUGUCAUCAUAGCAACAGAGAGCUUAACUAGCAGCAUACAGACAUACGCGCUUACUUUGGUUGAUAAAACCAAAGAGCUCACGAAGGAAAAGAAAAGAACGGACGGAUUACUGUACCAAAUGGUGCCAAGACAGGUUGCCGAUAUGCUUAAAAAGAAGAAGAAGGUUGACGCUGAGUUUUUUAAGAUGGUCACUGUUUGUUUCUCUGAUAUGUAUGGGUUUGACAAGCUAACAGUCGAUCUUACACCCAUGGAGAUUGUUGAACUAUUGAAUGCAUUGUACAACACAGUAGAUGAUAUUUUAGAUGAUUUUGAUGUUUACAAAGUGGAAACUAUCAACGAUUGUUAUAUGGUUGCAUCAGGAUUGCCAAAACGAAACAAAGACCGCCAUGCAUUCGAGAUAGCAGAGUUCGCCCUCAAUAUGCUUCGUACUGUGUCUGUAAUGAAAGUUUUGUCCAGUAACAGAUCAAUUCAGUUGAGAAUAGGGAUUAAUUCAGGUCCGUGUAUGGCUGGAAUUGUGGGAACAUUGAUGCCACGGUACUGCUUAUUUGGUGAUACAGUCAACACCGCAUCAAGAAUGAAGGCAUACAGCGAACCAAAUAAGAUACAUAUCAGUUAUUCUACAUAUCAAUUGCUUCGGAAGACGAAAUCGUUUACUAUCAAGAAAAGAGGAAGCGUUUCAGUUAAGGGAAAAGGUGAUAUGAGAACAUUCUGGUUGAUGGGAAAAGUUGAAGAUUUUGGCACAGUUGAAAUAGAAGCAGACAUAGAACCUAACUCAAAAGCUAUUGAUAUCACUGACAUGCCUGGAGAAAUCGCAUCAGUUCAACAUCACUCGUCCGGUGUCUAUGUAAUGCCCGGAUGUUCUGCGAAGGACGAAAAAUCUUUUGGGUCGAAUACUAGCCACGGUGACGUAAACAAAGAGGAUCUUCCGGGUGAGAUCACAACAAUAGAAAGUCCAACAUACAGUGCCUCUCUUCAAUACCCAAUACCAGGUAGACAACCACAGCGAAGGAAACCAAUACUGAAAAAGACGACAACUAAUCCUAAUAUUGAAGUCACCAACGAGAAAGCGACAGAGCAUAAAGUCCCGGAUGUCCGUGAGAAAACAUAACUUUAUAGGUCAGCGAUUGUGCAAAGUUCAAAAUUACCUAUUUUGUUGUUGCAUUUGUUUUAAUGUAUUUAAAUCAUCUCAUAUGAGUUAAUGUAUUUAAUUAAUUUCUACAAAUAUCGCACACAUGUACUGAAACAAGAAAAAAAAUGAUUUAAAUGCAACUAUCUCAGUUGUUCCUUUUUGUUAGCUUCAUAUUUAUACUCAUGGAUAAAAGAAGUUGAGAUAAUACAUUAUUUUAGAUUGGUUUCUGUGUGGAAUAUUGUUUUGACUUUAUUUUAAAAAAAAAGGUUUUAGUUUGAAAUUAGUUAUCAAAGGUACCAGGAUUAUAAUUUCAUACGCCAGACGUAAAGUAUAAAAUGAAAAAAAUGUGAUGACAAUGUAAUUUCUUCAUUUGCUGAGUGUGUUAAAUAUAUUUUCGAUUCCAUAGAUAAACAGCUUCAAUUUGUAAAGUGUAAAAUAGAUUAUUAAUGAUUAAAAUGUAGUUUCUUCUGUCUGUUAGUUUGCUAAACAUAUUUUUGACUUUAUGGUUCGAAUAUAUGCUGAGACAACAACAUUUUCUAUUGGUUACUGUGUUAAGGUUUUGACUUUGAAAAAUAAAUUAAAACUAUUGGUAAAGCUACAAAAACUAUUAACUAGUAGUUAAACUGCAGCUUCUUCUGUGUGUUACUUUGUUAAAUAUUGAUUUUACUUAAUUUAUAAACCGGUUUUUGUAUGAAAGUAUGAAAAUUCUAAGUAGUGAUAAUGAUGCUACCUCUUCUUUUGGUUACUUCGUUAAAUAUAGUUUUCUCUUUAUCGAAAAUCGAAAAUCUAUUUUUGAAGUAAACAAACAGCUAAUCAAUGUUGAAAGAGCAACUGCUUCCAUUGGUAAUAUUGUUUAAUAGAGUUUUGACUUCCUUUUUUAAACAAUCAUUUGGAAAAGCAGAAAACGAUUUUUUUGUGAUGAAAAUACAGCUUCUUAUUUUGAUUAGAAUAGUUUUAACUUUAUAAUUUUCACAGUUUCAGUAUAAAACGGCGAAUGAAUGGUAAAACGUUUAUUCUUUUAGUUACCUUGUUAAAAAGAGUUUUAACUUAAUACAUGUAGAUGAAAAAUUGUCAUCUGAUAAAGUAAUAUGAGGCAGGCAUAACCUGUGAAUGGGGACGAAGUCUGUAUGUAUAUUUUUUUUUACUUCAAACAUGUUUUAAUAAAGGAUACGGAAAUACCGUAACGUUCCCGAUUUUGGUUCUGUUAUUAGGGAUUUAGCUGUGACGUUCUUUAUGUUAUGACGUCAUAUUCAAUGUAAACAAAAGAAACCCUUUCAUCAGGUAAAGUUUUUUUUUCAAAUCAAACAAUUAUUAUAUUAAAAUUUUAUUGAGUUCCAAUCUUAUAUUUUACUAGACUGAUCAAUAAAAAAAAAAUUCAGUCUCAUGCAAACAAGACAGAUUUCUGCGCAAAUGCGGGAAAACCGGAACAGGAACUAGAUCUGAAAAAAAAGUUAACGAUUUUGAGGUCAUUAGUACAAUGAAAAAUUCGGGAAAUUUUCCCAUUUUUUUUUUAAUUUUUUUUUAUUGAUUUUUCAA